AUAUAUCAAGAUUCAUAGGGGUGUACCUUCUCCCUCGACGGUAAAUCCACGUCUCUCCCUCUCUUACUGUUCUCUCUUUCCUCUUUAAAAAUGGCUACGGAGGAUCUCAAAUACUUGAGCGUUGAUCGGGGGAAGAUGUACGAUGCCAUAGCCCAAGCAGAGUGGGCGAAGAAGAAGCUGGUAUGGGUCCCACACCCCGAGGCUGGUUUCGUCCCCGGGUCUAUAAAGAAAGAAGAAGGAGACAGCGUGACAGUCGAAAUGACCGACGGCCAGAAGAAGACCGUCUCCAAGGAUGACAUCCAAAAGAUGAAUCCUCCAAAGUUUGAGAAAGUGGAGGACAUGGCUGAGCUCUCCUUCUUGAACGAGGCGUCUGUUCUUCACAACCUCACUGACAGAUAUUAUUCUGGCCUCAUCUAUACAUAUUCUGGAUUGUUCUGUGUUGUCGUCAAUCCUUAUAAGAUGCUCCCCAUAUAUACGGACAGAGUGGUUGACUUGUAUCGAGGAAAGAAGAGACAUGAAAUGCCGCCUCAUGUUUAUGCUGUCACUGAUCAGUCUUACAGGAACAUGCUGUUGGACAGGGAGGAUCAGUCUAUCCUCUGCACUGGUGAAUCUGGAGCUGGAAAGACAGAGAAUACAAAGAAGGUUAUACAGUAUCUGGCGGUCAUUGCUAGUGGAGGGUCGGCAGCUAAACCCAAGGGCCCUAUUCGUAGAACCUCAACCAGUACCACGCUGAACAUCAAAGCCGGUUUGACAGGAUUACAAGGAGAACUAGAGGCACAGCUGCUGCAGGCUAACCCGAUUCUGGAAGCAUUUGGUAACGCUAAGACUGUCAAGAAUGAUAACUCAUCACGUUUUGGUAAAUUCAUUCGCAUCAACUUUGAUUCAUCCGGUCACAUUGCUGGAGCUAAUAUCGACACUUAUCUGUUAGAAAAGUCUCGUGCAGUUCGACAAGCAACAGACGAAAGAACGUUCCACAUAUUCUAUCAGAUAUUAAAUGGAAUGGAUCCUAAAGAGAAGGAGGAGUAUUUCUAUCACUCGUUUGAAAAGUAUAAGUUUUUAUCAAACGGUAAUUUAUCGGUUGCUGGUAUAAACGACGUGCAAGAAUACGACGACACUGUGGAGGCAAUGAAUGUGAUGGGGAUCUCCGAGGAAGAGAAAUCAGCUGUAUUUCGUGUUGUUUCUGCUGUCCUCCUGUUUGGUAAUAUGGAGUUCAAGCAGGAGAGGAAUUCAGAUCAAGCCCUCCUAGUCGAUAACACUGUGGCUCAGCAGAUUGGGAAACUGUUGGGGGUUCCUGUAACUGAUUUCACCAAAGCACUCCUGAAACCAAAGAUAAAAACUGGGAGAGAAUUCACCAUAAGAUCACAGAACAAAUCUCAGGUUGAGUAUUCAUGCCAGUCGUUAGCUAAAGCCCUUUACGAGAGGAUGUUCAAGUGGAUCGUCCAGAGGGUCAAUAAGACACUGGACAGAUCUAUCGGAUCUGGUACUUCUUUCAUUGGAAUACUUGACAUUGCUGGAUUUGAAAUAUUUAAAGUCAAUUCCUUUGAGCAGCUGUGUAUCAACUAUACAAAUGAGAAACUCCAGCAACUCUUUAAUCACACAAUGUUUAUACUUGAACAGGAGGAGUACAGAACUGAAGGCAUAGAGUGGACGUUCAUUGAUUUCGGGUUAGACCUUCAGCCUUGCAUUGAUCUCAUUGAGAAGCCGAUGGGUAUUCUCUCUCUCCUUGACGAGGAGUGUUGGUUCCCUAAAGCCACUGAUAAGUCUUACGUUGAGAAACUCCAGAGGGAACAUGCUCAGAACCCUAAAUACUCAAAGCCUGACUUUCGAUCUUCGUCUGAUUUUACUCUCGGUCACUAUGCUGGAAAUGUCCAUUAUAACUGUGACCAGUGGUUGAUGAAGAAUAUGGACCCACUCAACGAUAAUGUGAUCCAGCUGCUAGUAGCGUCCAAUGACUGGUUCGUGGCUACACUGUGGAAGGACACGGCUCAUGUAGUGGGAAUGGGAGUACAAGCUCAAUCAGAGGCCAAGUCAGCGUUUGGUGCCCAGAGAAGUCGUAAAGGAAUGUUCCGUACUGUCGGUCAGCUCUACAAAGAGCAGCUAAGCAAUUUGAUGAUAACUUUGAGACAGACACACCCACACUUUGUGAGAUGCAUCAUUCCUAAUUAUGAGAAAAAGGCUGGUAAGAUUGUUGCUCCACUAGUUCUUGACCAGUUGAGGUGUAACGGAGUCCUGGAGGGUAUCAGGAUCUGUCGACUGGGUUUCCCUAACAGAAUCCUCUUCCAAGAGUUCCGUCAGCGGUAUGAGAUACUCACUCCAGGGAUAAUACCAAAGGGUUUUAUGGACGGGAAGAAAGCAGCUGAAAAAAUGUUGAUUGCACUUGAGUUGGAUAAAGCCACUUAUCGUAUUGGUCACAGUAAAGUUUUCUUCAGGGCAGGAGUACUGGCCCAAUUGGAGGAAGAGAGGGACCUGAAACUAACUGAAAUUCUUAUUGGUCUUCAGUCCCAUUGCAGGGGGUUCAUUGGAAGAAAGAAUUUCCAAAAACGUGUCGAGCAGACCAGAGCCAUCAGGAUCAUACAAAGGAAUGUCCAGAGCUACCUUAAGCUUCGUAACUGGAAAUGGUGGCGCCUCUUCACUAAAGUUAAACCAUUACUGCAAGUGACCAAUGCUGAGGAGCAGAAGAGAGAAAUGGAAGAAGAGAUCAAGAAACUAAACGCCAGCUAUGAGAAGCUACGCAUUGAGUAUGAUGAAUUAGCCAAGAAGAACAAUGUGGUACUGGUGAACAACAAACAGCUCGAGGAUCAACUGAGGGAAGAGAAGUUCCUCACACAAGAAGCUGAAGAAAUGAGGGACAUGUUAGCUCAAAAGAGAACAGAAUUGGAAGGUAUGAUCGGCGAGUAUGAGCUUCGAUUGGAAGAGAGUGACGAACAGAACAACCAGCUGGUCUCGGACUGGAAGAAACUUAAGCAGCAGCUACAAGAGACUGAAGAACAGCUUGAGGAAGAAGGCACUUCCAAUCAGAAGUUAAUGCAGGAAAAAGUUUCGGCCGAAAAUAAAAUAAAAGCUCUUGAGGAACAAAUUACAAUUAAUGAUGAUAAUAUAUCCAAAUUAUCUCGUGAGAAGAACCAUCUUGAUGAUAAAGUCCGAGAGAUACAGGCCGCCCUGGAGCAGGAGGAGGGAAAGGCAAAGCAAGAGCACAGACAAAGAGUGAAGCUGGAACAACUCAGCGCUGAGCUGGAUGAGAAACUAGAGCGAGAAACUAAAAGGCGUCAAGAAUUGGAUAACGAUAAGAGAAAACUUCAAAAGGAAAUUGCUGACCUCCAGGAGCAGCUGGCAAGAGCCAAGCAGCGCAUUGAAGACUUGGAGUCUCAAGUGGCCAAACUAGAGACAGAACUAGCUAACGUUAAUGCUAGGGCAGAUGAAGAAGCAGCUGGUCGUGCUAAAGCUGAAAAGGAGAAGCGAGAACUAGCCACUCAACUCCAGGAGACUCAGGACGACCUUGAGAGCGAGAGAGAGGCCAGGAACAAAUCAGAAAAAAAUAGGAAGCAAUUAAACGCUGAACUUGAGAAGCUACAGGAGCUUCUUGAUGACACAACCAGCUCAACAACUGCCCAACAAGCCAUGACCGCUCAGAGAGAGAGCGAGCUAUCAGCUUUAAAAAGAACCCUGGACGAGGAGAUAUCUUCACAUGAAGCUGCUAUAGCUUCAAUGAGACAGAAGCAUACCAGGAAUGUGGAAGACUUAAACGAACAACUUGACAAUGCUAAAAAGGCUAAGUCAAUGUUGGAGAAAGUGAAGAACAGUCUUGAAACGGAGCGGAGCAAUCUCUCUUCUGAUCUGAAAGAUGCUACCAGUUCGCUGUCUGAGAGCGAGAAGAGACGUAGGAACGUUGAGGCUCAGUUGAGUGAAGCACAGGCUCACAUUGCAGAGGAUACUGCUAAAGUCCAAGAACUGACCAGCCAGAAUGAAAGAAUGAAGGCUGAAAUUGCUAACAUUUCCUCUCAACUUGAAGAGCUGGAGACAAAGUUCACUUCUUCUGACAGGAACAAUAAAAACUACUUGGGACAGAUUCAAGAACUACAGGAUCAAGUAUCAGAAGAGUCAAGGCUGAAGAUUGCUGCACAGAAUAAGCAGAAGCAGCUCCAGGAAGAAGUCGACCAUUUAACUCAACAAGUUGAAGAUGAGGAAGAAGCUAAGACUGCUUUACAAAACAAACUAGUGCAACUGACACAACAGCUGUCUGAGGCUAAGAGGAAAGCUGACGAUGAUCAAGUUAACCUUGAAGAGUUGCAAGCUUCUAAGAAGAAAGUGGACAAAGAAAUGGACGGAUUGAAGGAGAGAGUUGAGGAACUACAAGCAGAGAAUCAAAAACUGACGAGAUCAAAGAAGAAAAUACAGGAAGAUUUGGAUGAUCUGAUGGUUCAGGUUGAGUCUCAAAGAAGUGAAAUACUUCAAUUGGAAAAGAAGCAAAAGAAAUUUGAUAAUCAACUAACUGAGGUGCAAUCAUUAGCCGAGAAGAAUGCUCAAGAAAGAGAUGAAGCAGAACAGAGAGCUCGUCAAGCAGAGACCAAGUCUUUGUCAUUGAACCGCGAGUUGGAGGAACUUCAAGAGAAACUGGAGGACGUGGAGAGACAGCGAAGAGCCUUGCAGUCUGAGAGAGACUCACUAGUGGAGACGAAAGAUGACGUGGGGAAGAGUGUCCAUGAAUUAGCUAAGAAUAAGAAGCAGUUGGAGCAGCAGCUCGAAGAAAUGAAACAACAGCUGGAGGAGGUUGACGAUGAACUACAGGUGGCAGAAGACGCACGACUUAGACUAGAGGUUAACAUGCAAGCAGCUAAAACGUCGUACGAGAGAGAACUCUCAUCAAAAGAGGAACAAAUUGAGGACACUCGCCGUAAGCUGACUCAGCAGAUCAGGGACCUUGAGUCUCAACUCGAGGAAGAGAAGAAGCAAAAGAACAUUGCUCAGAUUGCCAAGAGAAAGAUGGAGGGAGAAAUAUCAGAAUGGGAGGCACGGGCUGAGGCUGACGCCAAAGCUAAAGAGGAAGCUGUCAAACAAUAUCGUAAAGUUCAGAACCAGCUCAAGGAUGCUCAGCUCUCUGCGGAGGAAGCAAGAGCAGCUCAAGAUGAAAUGAUCUCGCGCGUUAAAGAACUCGAGAAGAAGGUUCGGGGAUUAGAGGGAGACCUCUCACAGAAACAAGAGGAACUGCAAAAUGCUGACAGGGCAAGGAGAUCGGCCGAGUCUGACAGAGAUGAAGCACAGGAAGAACUCUCUACCGUAUCUAGUAAAAUAAAUGGGCUCUCUGAAGAGAAGAGACGUAUAGAGACAAGACUAGCGACGCUUGAAGAAGAUUUUGAGGAAGAACAACUGAACAGUGAAGCUGCUACUGAGAAGGCAAGGAAAGCUCAACAGACCGCGGACUCACUGUCACAAGAAAUAUCAUCACUUCAGUCCAACUACAACCAGUCGGAGAAUAACAGACUCACACUUGAGAAACAAGUCAAAGAGUUAAGGGAUCGUCUUGAGGAAGCUGAGAGUGCUGGGGGAAGAAAGAUGAAAGCUCAAGUCGCUGCAAUGGAGUCAAGAGUUGCUGCCCUAGAGGAAGAAAGAGACAUGGCUCUGAAGGAUAAUUCUCAAAUCAAGAGAUCUCUUCGCCGUCAAGAAAAGAAGUUGAAGGAAUACGCCGGAGCCAUUGAAGACGAGAGAAAACAAUCCGAACAAUACAAACAACAGGCUGAUAAGCAACAGUCUCGUGUGAGGUCUUUAAAGAGGGCACUAGAAGAGGCAGAGGAGGAGAAUGCAAGGAUCCAAGCACAGAAGAGAAGAGUUCAAAGAGAAGCAGAUGAACUGCAGGAGCAGCUGGAGGCUAUUCAGAGAGACAGAUCAAAAUCAACAAGUGCUAGACGUCAGACUGUUAGUUCUGCAUUGGGUAGGUCAGGUAGGCGUGGCUCCAAUAAGGCUGGACCCAGCCCACUGAAUCGCUCUGAUGAAUCGCCAGAUGAUGACGAAGACAUUUAAAUGAACAAAUAAUUGGAAUUGGUGUGGCUUUCUUAUUGUGAAUUGUCUUAAUUUUUAAAGACUUUAUUUUUGAAUUAGUUACUCAUUUUCUUAGCUUUUAUUAUUAUUAUUGUUGUUCUUGUUCUUGUCUUAGAGUAGCAGUUACGAAUUGAUUUUGAAUUGUUUUUCAUUUAACUAUUAUUAUUAUUAUUUUGAUUAUUUUAGCGUAAUAAUAAUAAUGUUAUUAUUAUUUUAAAUGAGUUUUGUCAAUAAAACGAUAGUUUUUCACUUAUUUCGAUAAUUAAUUAACCGUCCCACCAA